AUGGAUCCAUUUGAUUGGUCGAGAAUCUAUAGGAGUAUCACAGCAGUGGGGAUAGGGAUGCAGAUGGGGGAUGAAACAAGUGUCGGAAAGCCGCGGGCUUAUAUAAACCGUGAAGAGAAGAUUCGUAUUCGCAGAGCAAGGUUUCCCGUUGUCGAAGAAAGAACCGUGUCUGUCGGAGGCUUUUGCCGACAAAUAGCUCUACCAGUCCACUCGAUAAGGGAGUAUCUCGAUCCUCAAGACAACAAGGUUACUGGAGUCAAUUCGACGAAGAAGAUCCGGAAGCGCUAAUGGAAAUAAUUCGGCUCGGUCACACUAUGAUCCGCAAUCCGGAGCUGGAAAAUAACAAACGAGGACUGGAUCUAGGUUUGAGUCGCGGGUUCAGCGGGUCUCAAGCGGCAAAACAUUUAAUGGGAUUAGCAGCGGCGAAUUAUGCCGGAGGUCCUGGUCGACGACGUCGUUCCGAACAGCCCUAGAUCAAGAAACACUGGUUCGCUUGAUUGAUCUCAUUUCGAUCUCAAGCUUUAACAUCAUAAAUGUUUACUUACACACGAAUUCGUUCGUUCGUCCGUUCGUUUCCCUGUCUUUUGCCUCUGCUGCAGAACAAAUUACAAAUCUGGUAAAUUUCAAAUUUAUUUUAGCCUCUGCAAGUUAGCAAAUCAGAUCUAAAUUAAAUCAAUUCCUAUGUUCGUACUUGUGAUUAAUCAUUUCUGCCUCACGUUCCUAUAUUUUUUUUUUUUUUUGU